AUGACAGCCGCUAUAGAACUUUCUCUACCAGCCGAAGAGAAACCCCAGAGCAAGAAGAGGUUUCCCUUUUCGGUCCGCAAAAAGAACAAGUCCUCGUCGGAAGCAGCGCAACAAGAUGGAGAGCAGUUGACCAAGGAAGAAAAGGAGGCCAAGAAGCAAGCCAAGAAGGAGCAAAAGAAGCUGGAACGAGAGCAGAAAAAGUUGGAAAAAGAGCAGCAAAAGAAGAACAAGAAGAAUAGCAGAGGAGAUGAUGACAACACGGAUGGUGGUGACUCCGACACGGACACCUCCACCAGUACGGGAGGAGAAGAAGGAGGUUUGAAGAACUUGCUCAAGUUUGGUGCCAGCUUUGUGGGGGAGAAGAAGAAGCCCCGAGCCGAAUACCAGGCCGAGAUUGACGAAUUGAAGUUGCAACUGGCAGCCGUCAAUGGUGACCUGGAACUUGUCACGACCAACUUGACAAGAGUGACGGGUGAACUCCAACAAGCCAACACGAAACUCCAUCGUUUCCAGCAGUGGAUCCGCCAGGCUCCAGUGCACUGA